AUUCACUCCUCAGCUUUUGCUGAGCGUGUAGUUGUUUUUGCUACACGCAACGAUGGACAGGCUGUCCCACAUGAGGGGCCUGAGCACGUGAGCGUGCACACGGAAGCAUCGAGCUUCACACCCCAGCAAGUCCCAGAGCAGGCAGCCCCGGGCGCGGGUCCUGUUCCGGAAGUCGUACUCAUCAAUCAGCCGCAGUUCGCGGCUAACUUCAUGAACUUCCUCCAGCAGUUGGCUGGCACAUAUGUUCCACCUCCGCCACCACCGCCACCACUGGUGGCUGUGGUCACCAUCGAGAAGCUCCGGAAGAACGGAGCUGAGGAAUUCUUAGGCGACCAGAUCGCCGACCCCAUGAUCGCUAAACGAUGGUUUGAGCGAAUCGAUUCCGCCUACGACUGGUGGAAACGCGUGGGAGCAGACGUCCCUGAGACCGUGCAGUGGCCCACAUUCGAUCGACUCUUCCAUGAAGAGUACAUUCCAGAGCACUUCGUCGAGGCGAAGCGAGAGGAGUUCUUGAAAUUCACCCAGGGCGAACUCACACUACCUGAGUAUCGUCAAAAGUUUGACGAGCUCGCAGGAUUUGGGCAAGACCUCGUCCCAACCAUGGAGAAGCGGUGCAAGCGCUUUGUGGAGGGUUUACGCCCCGACUUAUCAGCCCAUCUGAUCACUGCUCCUCGGGUUGACAUCAAUGCACUGUUCAAGCAUGCGUUGGACAUGAAUGCAGCCCUCAUCAAGAAGGCCGAGUACGAGCACGCCCAGACGACGCAUCCUCGUCCACCUCCGCCUAGCUUAAGCAGCAAGGGGUCUCCCUCCGUGCCAAGCAGCCCGCACACAAGCAAGAAGACCAAGUCAACACAUGCCCCGUCACCAGUGCCUACACAGGAAAGCGGGAAGAACCCGAGUAAGAGUGGAUAUCGGUACUCGAUCUGCACCCUAUGCGGUCGAAGGCACCCCGGAGAAUGUUGGUUUACUCAGGGCUUAUGCCUAGGAUGUGGUCAGGCCGGGCAUUUUCGUAGGGACUGCCCAACGAACCCUGGCGAGGCAUUUACGACAUAACCCGAAGCUCCAGUCCCAGCCGCCCAGCCCGCUCAGAGCCAAAGAUCGGUAGCAGUGUCCAGCCAGCCCAAUAGGCCGACGCUGAGCGCUCAGUCUGGAGAGGCUUCAGCUCGCACAAACGCAAAGCGCGGACGCACUGAGUAGUUCGCACAUGACGUAAUCAUGGUGAUCAAUGACUAGGUAAAUUUCGAGGACGAAAUUUUUUUUUAAGGGGUGGAUAAUUGUAACGCCCUACAACCCGGUCUAUUAGAAUUGAUUAUUUUAAAUAAUUAAUUACUGUUCCG